AUGGCACCUCCCCGUGGUGGCCGUAACAAACGUAAACUCAACACCGCAUCUGAAUCCGGCACGUCUGUCGCAGAUUCAGAAGAAGCCGUCGACUCAUCGACGCCUUCAGCAUCACGUCCACGUCGUUCGCGUCUUCCGAGGCGAUAUUUCGACGACGACUACAGUCCGCCGCCGUCGAAGAAGCGAGCGACGAACCGAGAGACGCCGGUUUCAGAUGCACAAGAAGAGGAGGAUCUGAAAUUGGAGCUGACGAAGACGCCAGUCGUGCCGAGGGAGAGGUCUAGUAGAGGAGGCAGAAGAAAAAUCACAAAUCCGAAUAUGGGCCGCCCCAAAAAGAACCCCACCCCUCCACGUAGCAAAUCCCGGAAGACCCGUCAAGAAGAGGACGUCAUCUAUAUGGACGAGGACUCAGAAGACGAGGAAGAAGAAGAAUCAGAAGAGGAAUUCAUUCUAGGUGGAGAAGAAGACGAGCUAGAAGAGCUGGACCUGGAUCCCGUUUCUCAAGUUCUAACUGAUUCAGAAGACACGAUAUUCUGCCCGUGGAUCGAUAUGGAUCCAGAGACGAUUCCAAAGCUGGACCUUCCAGAGUCUUCUCAAGAUAUUCCACUUCCUAAACAUGCUACAAUGGACGCCAUUGAAGUCUAUGAGAUUCUGAGAUCCUAUCAUCGAACACUGAGAAUCACUCCAUUCACAUUUGAAGACUUUUGUGCGGCUUUGAUCUCUAAGAACAAUUCUUGCAUUAUGGCUGAAAUUCAUAUGGCUCUUCUGAAAAGUUGUCUGAAAUCGGAUGAUGAGGAGCAAACGCAUUAUUCGGUGACGGAGACCAAUAAUUCUGCGAAUAUUAUGAUACAUCAUAUGGAUACGAUGACGUAUGCUGAGAUUCUAAGGCAGUUUAUUGAAGCAUAUCCAUUUUCGGAUUCGUCGGUGAGGGAUGCGGUUAAUACAGAGAAUUAUCCGUAUGUGGGAUAUGAAUCCAAACUCGUCGUGCUCCUCUUCAUGAGCUAUCGCUUUCUCUACUCGUUGGAAUUCAAAAAAGUGGUGAACAACGUCGGAAAAUUUCAGAACGACGAAAACUGUCGAGUAUGCGGAAAAUCGUCGGGACGAGUGAUCGGUUGUACACAGUGCGAGGCGGCGUUCCACGUGGAAUGCAGUCAUCUGAAGCCGUUUCCAGACAUCCUAGUAUGUAAUAUAUGCAAGAGAAAUGAUGUGAGAGGAGUGCGGCCAGUGGACGAGUCGAUGGAAAAGGAGCCAUUGAGAUCUCAACCAAUUGGAAGGGAUCGAUAUGGACGAUUCUAUUGGUUCAUUGCAAGGAGGAUUAUUGUUCAAUCCCUGGACGAAACCGAAAUACACUACUACUCGACGCCUCCUCAACUGUACCAACUUCUCAAAAAACUGGAUCGUGACUACUAUGAACGAGAUUUGUGUGAUGCAUUUCAAGACAGAAUCGAAGAGCUUCUAGAACAAAUGACACUGACUGUCGAGAUGACAUCCGAGAGACGAGACACGGCGAUUGAUAAUAUGAUGAAGAAGAAUGCGUUUUCGUUUGACUAUGCCGAUGCAACGAUACCAACUAUCUAUUUGCAUAAGGAUAGCAUGAAACGAAUGGCAGCCAUUCUGCGUGAUUGCUCAGCAAAAGUGGAACCCAAAGAAGAGCCCCAAUCGGACGACGCUCCUGAAUCUCAAGACGACGUCACGAACAACGAUAUCCUUCCAGAAACAAUGCUCGGAAUUCACAAUGGAUGUCUAAUCAACACAUUCUGGAGUGGCGGAGCAUCACAGGAAGAGCUCGUUGAGCAAUUCUAUUCCCAAGGUGCCUCAGUGGCAGAUAUAGAUACAAUGAGUCUAUGGAGAAUGGGAGACGAAGGGAACGAUCAGACAUUCAUGACCUAUUAUAAUUACUAUAGUCGGAAUGAGAUGGCCGAGAGUUUUCUAGUCCGCAAGAAGCAAACUGACAAAAAGAAAUACAUGUCGUUGAAGUUUGCACAAAUUGACAAUUUCGAGUGGACCGUUGCGAAGGAUAGACAGUUUUAUGGAAAUUCGGUGCUUCAUACUAAAUUUGUGUGUUGGACGUUAUCCAAAAUAGCAAGGAGGAUCCCGGCGGAUUUGAUGCAUCGAAAAUGGCCGGAAAUCGCCAAAGCGUUCGAUAUGGAAGUGGGUAUUGCUGACAAUUAUCAGCAAUUAGCAAGAAGUCUUCUGAAGUUGGACGCGGCGGCUCGUAAGACGAUUUUUAUGCCGCAGUGGUGGAAUGGGUUGGGACAGACGAAGCUGGAGAGGAUUACGGUGGAUCAGAGGGAGCAGUUUUUGAAGGAACAGCAGAAAGUGAAGAAGAUGGAAGUGGACGCCCUUGCCAAAGAGCUUGACGACAGUUUCAUUCGUGUCAACUACUCGAAACCGAAAUGGCCGAACACCUAUAUUCUACGACAGAAAGGAGAAACGUAUCGAAAUGCCGGAAAAGGGGUUAUGGGUGGAUGGGAGUGGGUUGCAGCGAAAUAUGUGGCAAGAAGGGUUCCAGUACCCCAACAUCCACAGUGUCCAAUGCCAAAUGAGGGGUCGGAUGAGGAGAUUAAGGUAGGCGGAGCCUCCAUCAAAUCUCGAUCGAAUCGAAAAUCCCGCCGUCUGGAAGGUCUUAUCAAGUUUAUCACCCACGAGAGAGAUAACAAAAUCGCAGCAACAACAAGCUCCACCCCUCUCAUUCCCUCCCCAUCCAAAAAGUGUUAUUCACCAUCGUGUAGAGCUCAGCGAAAUCCCAAUUGCUAUUCGCCAUCGUGUCGAAAUGGUCUUCUGAUUGCUCAGACUCUACAAAAGAUCCACGUGGAACCGAAACUUCCAGAAGGAGUGCUGGGAGAGGAUCGACCGUGGCCGAUUCCCGAAAUCCAGACGUUCAAAUCGAAAAAAGGAGGAAAGAGUAUCUUUGUGCUGCAGAAAAAGAUUCUCCGUCGUCUCAUCGUCACUGCCGGAUGCCAGCAAGUCUACAUGCCCGGAUUUUCGGCUGGAACAAAGAGCAAUUUGCUGAUUUGGCCCUAUCCAGCGCCACGGCCAACGCUGGAUUUGUGUUGGAAAUGGCAAACGCUAAACGCUCGAAACCUGCACGCCGUCGCACUUCAACUCAAAAUCAUGUGGUCCUCCAUCAAAUGGAACGAAUUCGAACCGGACGACAAUCAUCCGGAUCGUCGUGUGGUCAUCGAUACGCCGACGCAUGACGAGCGUCGUCGAAUCGUGAAGCACAAGGAGAUGCCACCGUACGGACAAUAUGAACGGUAUCAGCUGGAAAUCGAGAUCAUUCCGCUUUAUGAUGAGCAAGAGGAUGAGGAUGAGUCGUGGACGACGAGGGCCAGGCAAACGGAUUCGGCGAGAACGGCAAGCACUAGGAAGAAGAGACCAUUGAGAAACCUCGACAACCGUGUGCCAACAUCAGUUCGUUACGAAUGGGUCGACGGAGUCACCCUAAAAGUGUACGAAAUCAAAGACUACUGGAAAUAUUGCCGUCUGGAAGAAGAACGAGCCGUUCGAAAAGCGGCCGACGCGGCGAGAAAAGCGCAAAAAGCGAAAGAAGACGCCGAACGACAACGAGUCAUGGCUUUGAAUAGGUCACCAGCUGUUCCCAGAAAUUCGUCGAUUACGACGGAUCGAGUGCAUACUCCAUAUCUGGGACAACCACCUCAACGAAGAAGCAAUAAUAGUAAUGUUGGACUGGAUUUGAAUGGACCACAGAAGGGAUAUUUGGAGAGGUACAACACCUCGCAAGUACCGCCACGCAACACUGGCCUCAUCAAACCAGUGACACCAUCGCCUCAUCGUGUUCAACCGAAUCCGAUUCGAAAGAUUCCAGUCUCAUCACUUCCACAAUUCGCUCAACAGGAACUUCAUAAACGGCAUCAGCUUCAGAGGACGGCCGCUGGUUCGGAUUACGGUACUGGAGGGUCUCCUGUGGUUAUGUCAAGUAAUGGAGGAUCGUAUCAAAGUGGUGGUUCGAAUAGUGCGCAGAGACAAAGUGGACAUAAUUACCCCGUCCAAACCAAUCAGCAGCAGCAUCAGCAACAACCCCAACAACACGUUCUAUCCCAAUAUCCACCGAUACAAAGAUCCAUUGCCUCCACAUCCAAUGGAUACCAUGGACAACACCAACAGCAGUAUCAGAAUGGAGGAGGAGGUCAGCCACAGCCGACAAGGAGGGUUAUUGUUACGGUAAGCUCUUUUUUGGAUUGCUCAGAUUUGAGCCAUAGGCUCACAAGCUUCCAGCCCCCAAAAUCCAAGAGAAGCAAUUUUCAGCAAUACCGUCAACCACAGACGCAAAACGCAAUCGCCGAGGAAGCUUACAGCCCUGACCAACCACCCGUGAUCCUUCGCUACGAUGCCCAAUCCACCUCCCAAGCUCCGCCCCCACAACCCCACGCCCGCCAAGUCUACACAACACAACAAGUGGUUCGAACGGCGCCAGCAGGAGCCAAACCAGGAACAAUUGUAUAUGUAAAAAAUGCGGAUGGAGGACUGACGCAACGGAGAUUAGUGAGAAGAGAAGACCAGGAUUCAGGACAGUAUCCACCGGGUACUGUACUUCAAGGACAAGGACCUCGCUUGGUACAUGUGCGGCCGACGAAUGGAGGCGCGCCGGCGACGCGACAGCUCUAUAUGGCGUCUGGCAAUGCUGGGCCGAGAUUUAGGCCAUCGCCAACGACGACUGGAACGGUUGGGAUGGGGAUGCCGAGAGCUGAGCAGCGACAACUUGUGAGAAAAGUCGUCCAUAGACAGCCGGAACAAAUGGAUCAAGUCUACAAUGAUCAUCCUUCGCCCCAACAACAGCCCCAUCCACAGCCACCAACGAAUCCUCGUUUUGUCAUUCAACACGCUCCUCCGAAAAUCUCAAAUCCACGUGGCGGAAUGACAAUGCAAAUGGGACAGCAGCAGCAUCAGCUACAGCAUAAUAAUAUGCCCCAACCCCAGGAAUUCCAGCAAGAUCCAAUGAUGAUUGGUCAGGAAGAGGUUCCAGAAGCUUCUAUGGAUUAUCAGGAUCCAAAUCAACACUAG